UCGGAAGGACGAGCGCGUAUCGUACACAUUCUGGCCCUAUUUACAUGGAAAACGCGUGCAGAUCGUUAAUUUCCCACCAGUAUAAGGAAAACAUACACGGGAUGGGAAAAUAAGUGGACGGAGAAAACAGUAUAUCGUUCUCUUAUAACACCGUAACGUUUCUAGGAUGCGCAAUAUUAUUCUUUGUUACUAACUCGAAACAUUACUAAACUGAAUAUCAUCAUUUUCGGACAUUUUGUCCAUCGUUGAGUAAAGUUCACGCCACAAUGGAUAUCGUUAAUGUUACAAUGGCCACUACGACACAAAAAGCGCUGAAGUCCGGUUACGAUCUAAAGGUGUACGGACUUGACAAUGGUCAGUUUCUGUCUAUCCACAUUCCGGCACUGACAUGUAUAGUACUCAGUUUUAUCUGUGCCGUAAUGAUCAUGGUGGAUUCUUACCGUCUUCAAUCUUUCAGAAGUUUUUUCUCCUGGACAAAAAGCGAGCGCUUCGUUGUGUACCUCGCUGUAUGUGAUGGAUUAUUUAACAUAGCUCAUUCCAUGGACCACCUUCACAUAGUGAUAGCCAGAGACCAUGUCCACCCCGUCGAGCUCUGCGAGUUUUACGGUUUUAUGCUUGCGGAGUUUAUCACAGCACAGAACCUAAUGGUAAAUGUGGUAGCCAUCAAUGCAUUUGUGUUGAUCUACUACAGAAAGAAUAUAUGUUUUGGGCGAUAUGACUGGAAACUUCUUCUCUGGACGUUCGGAACACCAUUUCUUGGGGCAACAAUUGCUGGAAUAGCAGAUCAACUUGGAACGAAUGGGGCAUUUUGCUACUUCGAUGGCGUGAAAGGGGAGAUAACUAACGUGUUUUUCACCACUGUUCCUCUUUUACUGGUUUUGGUAAUAAACAUCGUCUUGUACGUGCUUACAUGGUACAGAAUUCACACAGAGGGCAAGCGUCUAAAGGGUGUGAUUGGUAAGGAAGCAACCACAGUCAGAGCCUCCCACAAAGUUGCUCGGACAAUGUCAUUGUUUGUGACUGCUUUCUUCGCGCAAUGGUGGGCAAUGGCAUUGUAUGGUGUGUGGCAACUAUCGGCUGAAGUGCCACAGGCUCUAUUCCAAUUCGUCACUACCUUUUCAAACGUUGGAGGGAUCCUGAAUGGUAUUGUUUAUGUGAUUAUCAGACGCCGUAAGAUGAGUGGAUAUUAUGAGAAAGAAAAAAGUAAGUCCAAACUGGAUUCGGGUAACGGACCAAGUAUCGACAGGACCUUGGAUACUGUCGACAUGGACUCUAAGGUGUAGACUUAUAUAUUGAAAUGAACAAGAAUCAAAAGAGCACAAAUAUGUAUAUUUUUGUUCCAAAAUGGUUAAUUACAACCCCACUAUAUAUUUUCUAAUUUUUCUGACAAAUUAUAGGCUGGCGUAAUCCAUGUGUACAAUCUGUUCUCAGAAUUUCUGCACACUGGCUCGAGAUUGACCAGUCCAUGUUGUCACCUCUCUCUCAUCUACAUGAGUAUAUAUGCUCAUUAUUAUCAAUCAAGAUUUGAUAAAUUACACUGAAAUCAUUUGCUAAUUAUUGGCUAUAAUAUUGAUUUAUCCAUUGUGUAUAUAUAAUAUUUAACUACUGUUUAUUUGAAAUGAACGUCGCUUGCUUAAAUCUGCCUGAACUAAAUGCUGCUAGUUAGUGCCGGAAGUGAAUAUUAAAAUGCUCAAUGUGCCGGAAGUGAAUGUUACCUGGAUUGGUUUUUUUAGCCCUUUCGCCGCAGAUGAAACUAUUUAAGUUCACUUACAAGCCCAUGAAUCACUUAUUAUUUGAAAGUGGUAAAUGGGCUUCUUGUAUAUACUAUUGUUUUAUUGUAUUCUCAUUAAACGGCCAAAAUCCAACCCAAUAA